CUUCAAACCGAAAACAUCGCGAACGCCUCGAAUAAAAUCGCUUUUAAACGCGCGGAAGUGAAGUGCAGCCAAGGAUCAGGAUCCUUAAAAAGGUGCGAGUUUAAUGCUCCACUGUGUUUUAAGAUUCUAAAAAAUAAAUCUGUAGCUAAGUUUCCAGCCCUCGGAAUAUACACUUCAUUUGGAUACAUCAUAUAAUUGAGUUCUAAACAAAAGUGAAGAUGCCUUACCACCGACUGAGUAUUCUAGGGCUGUUGCUUCUCUCUUUGGUCUGCAUUAGGGCAGAUGUUGGCUAUCAUUACAACAGACCCACGAGACCCACGGCACCUUCGGCUCCCUCGGGACCCGGAUCGGUGUACACAGGUCAUCAGUUCAGUGCGCUGCCCACAAUUCAUCCGCUGCCACCGGUUCCGGCCCUUCCACCUCUUCCCACGGCCAGGGUUCCGAUCCCGAGGAGUCGUCCCACAGCUCCUGCCGCCAGCAUCGUUAGUCACUAUCUGCCGGCCAAGCCAGUGGCUUCCACAUAUAUCCCACCAUCGUCGGCUGCCCCUCUAUCAUCUAUAAGUUUCCAUGGAGCGCCCACUUAUAAGCCCAUCUAUGGACCUCCAUCUCCUCCUCCCCCCGUAAGGAUUAGCCAGCCGUUUCCCACACUGGCCACGCCCAUUGUGGUGCCGCCCACUGGACCGGCUCCUCUGCCCGAAGGAGGAAAUCUUCGCAUUCCCUUCGGCAAGCAGGCCCUGAUUUCUCCCGGGGAGUCCUACGUGUCCAAUGGAAGACAACUGAAGCAAUAUGCCGUCAUCGAGAUUAUAGACAACGAUAUCGAUGAGACGCCGGGUCCAUUCCUCUCGGGAUCCAGUUUCUUCGAUCGCUAUGGUGCACAUGUGGGUGCUCCGUCGGGGAAUGGAAUCCAGAUAGAUUCUAGGGCCAAUUCUUUGCUCUUAGAGCAGCAGCAGCUGGCCGUUCAGCCCAGAUCUCAGGGAGGAUCGCCAGGAGGAGAUGCCAUCGCCUUGGGAUCGGGUGGUCUGGGCUUUGUGAGACUGCCCAAUGGAAAUGUGUACCUGGGCUCCGGAUCCCUGGGCUACAUCAGUGGUCAGCAGCGGGUGGCUUCUGUACUGGAGGCUCGCACUCGAUCGGAGUCCACCUCGGAUGCCCUGCACUUCGGCCAUGGACCCCUGGGCGGAGUGGACAACCUGCUGAGAUUCAAGUAGAGAGGCUGCGGCAGAGGCUACCUUCCCUACCCACUCGCACAUCUCCACAUCUACAUCUAUUGAAAUAUGUAUAUUUUAUUGUAAAUAUGUAAUUAAAACAUUUUCUUGUUUGUGUAGAUCGUAAGCUUGCUCAAACUAUUCGAGAUUCUUGUACAUUUGUCCUAUGCGAAACAUCGAAACUUGAUCUAAUAAAUACAAAUAUGGUUAAAAAUA